CCGCUGAGCCCCCCGGGCCCCGCCGCGCCCUCCGCCAUGGGCGCGCUGUUCCGCGGGGAGCCCAUGUGCCUGGUGCAGCUCGACCUGCGCAGCGGCUCGGCCUACGAGUGCCUCAGCGAGGUGGGAGAGCGCGGCCUGGCCGAGUUCCGAGACCUUAACCCCAAUGUAAGCGUAUUUCAGAGAAAAUACGUGAAUGAAGUGAAGAAAUGUGAAGAGAUGGAAAGAAUACUUGGCUAUUUAGUACAAGAAAUUAAAAAGGCGGGGAUUUCACUUCCCGAAGGAGAUGUUGCUCCUCCUGCCCCCUUGCUGAAGCACAUUUUAGAAAUCCAGGAGCAGCUGCAGAAGCUGGAGACAGAACUGAGGGAAGUCACCAAAAACAAAGAAAAACUGCGGAAGAACCUGCUGGAGCUGACAGAGUACAAGUACAUGUUGAAGGUCACCCAGAGCAUCGUCAGGAGAACAUCUGAGUAUGAAUCUCAUUUACAUGCAAACUAUGAAGAAUUUCCAUCUGUGGAAAAUGAGCCACUGGUGGAUUACAACUGCAUGCACAGGCUGAGUGCCAGGCUGGGAUUCAUAUCUGGGUUAGUUCACAGAGCAAAAAUUGAAGCAUUUGAAAAAACCCUGUGGAGAGUGUGUAAAGGUUAUCCCUUCCUUACCUAUGCAGAGCUGGAUGAGGCUCUGGAAGAUCCAGACACAGGUGAAACCACAAGGUGGGUUGCUUUCUUAGUGUCCUACUGGGGUGAACAGCUUGGCCAGAAAGUAAAGAAGAUUUGUGACUGCUAUCACUGCCACGUGUAUCCCUACCCAAACAACACCGAGGAGCGCCGGGCGGUUGUGGAAGGACUCAACGUUCGCAUUCAGGAUCUUACAACUGUGCUGAAUAAAACCGAGGAAUAUUUACACCAGGUCUUGUGUAAAGCGUCAGAAUCCAUCUACACCUGGGUUAUCCAGGUGAAGAAGAUGAAAGCCAUUUACCACGUACUCAACCUGUGCAGUUUUGAUGUCACAAAGAAGUGUUUGAUUGCCGAGGUUUGGUGUCCAGUGGCUGAUCUGCAGAGUCUGCGCCAGGCGCUGGAGGAGGGUUCAAGGAAGAGUGGAGCUACAAUUCCCUCAUGCAUGGAGACCAUCAGGACAACACAACCUCCUCCCACUUUGAUCCGUACCAAUAAAUUCACCUCAGGGUUCCAGAACAUUGUCGAUGCUUACGGAGUUGGAAGCUAUGGGGAAGUUAAUCCAGCUCUCUACACCAUCAUCACCUUCCCCUUCUUCUUUGCUGUGAUGUUUGGAGACUUCGGGCACGGGCUGCUCAUGUUCCUGUUUGCACUGCUGACCAUCCUGUAUGAAAACCACCCCAGGUUGAAAAGAUCCCAAGAUGAGAUAAUGAAAAUGUUGUUUGAAGGCCGAUACGUGAUCUUGUUGAUGGGUCUGUUUUCUAUAUACACUGGAUUGAUUUACAAUGACUGUUUCUCCAAGUCCAUCAACAUAUUUGGGUCUGGCUGGAAUGUUUCAGCAAUGUUUGAGCAGAAGGUUUGGCGCCUUGAGGAUCUGAAAUCCAAUAAAUUUUUAGCACUGGAUCCAAAUGUUUCUGGUGUGUACAAUGGAGCUUAUCCCUUUGGAAUUGAUCCGAUCUGGAACUUGGCAAGCAACCGCCUCACUUUUCUAAAUUCCUUCAAAAUGAAAAUGUCAGUGAUUUUUGGAGUGGCUCACAUGACUUUUGGAGUUGUACUGGGGCUGUUCAACCACUUGCAUUUCAAGAAGACCUAUAACAUUUACUUGGUGUUUAUUCCCGAGCUGUUAUUCAUGAUGUGCAUCUUUGGCUACCUUGUGUUUAUGAUCUUCUUUAAAUGGUUGGCUUACUCUGCCGAGGACUCCACGGCUGCUCCCAGCAUUCUGAUUGAAUUCAUCAACAUGUUCCUGUUCCCUGGGGGUGGUGGUGAAACAAAGGGCCUCUACCCUGGCCAGGCUCCUCUGCAGAGGUUUUUACUUAGUGUUGCUUUUCUUUGUGUUCCUGUUAUGCUUCUUGGGAAGCCACUGUAUUUAUAUUGGUUGCACAGUGGAGGUCGAGGCAUCAGGAUGUGCAGGAGUGGCUACAGGCCCAUCCGAAAGGAAAGUGAAGAGGAGCUUUCUCUGCUGUCGUGCCCUGAUGUGGAGGAAGGCAACAGCCACGCAGACAGCGGGCCCAGAGAGGGGGAGGCAGAGGAGCUGAAUUUUGCAGAUGUUUUUAUGAAUCAGGUGAUUCACACCAUUGAGUACUGUCUGGGCUGUAUUUCUAACACAGCCUCCUACCUGAGACUCUGGGCAUUAAGUCUUGCUCAUGCACAGUUAUCUGAGGUUCUGUGGCAGAUGGUGAUGAGGGUGGGGCUCCGUGUGGACACCACGUACGGGGUGGUGCUGCUGCUCCCUGUCCUGGCCUUCUUUGCCGUGCUGACGGUUUUUAUCCUCUUGAUCAUGGAGGGCCUUUCUGCUUUCCUCCAUGCCAUACGACUUCACUGGGUGGAAUUUCAGAACAAAUUCUACUCCGGUGCAGGAUACAAGUUUACGCCUUUCUCUUUUAAGCACAUUUCUUUACAUUUUAAUAAAGAUGAUGUAUGAUAGUUUGGCUGCUGUCAGCAGAGAUGUUUGGAAUUGUCUGCAAAUAACUGUGUGAUUGGAUCUUGCCUAUGAAUGGUUUGUUCUGGAAGAAAGUGGUUUUCACUGAUUGCCUUAUAAUGCAGCCAAAUAGUACUGUAAAAUAUACCUCCCAUAGAAAGACAUCGCAGAUCUGGAGCAUCUUGUAAAGUAUAUGGACAUAAAGUGUACAUUUUUCUUGAUAAACUAAUGUAAAUUAAUUUUAUUCUUUAAAAAAAGAGAAAGUUGUUACUGCUUGUCCUAAAA